AUGACAAUCGGCCUAUCGGUGUUGAUCGAUGGUUAAUCGAUUUCAGUUCCAGCCCUAGUUCGUCGUACAAAAUAUUUUUUCCGUAGCGAAAAACUCAAUUUCCUCGCUCGCCCGUCGACAUUUUUGUUGUUAUUUUCCGUCGGCCCAUAUUGGAGCGAUAGAAAGGAGGCCCAGCGGACGUGCGUGAAGAUCCAGGGCCGCGAGUUUUCACCGGAGAGCGAAGAGCGUGAAAAACUGCCUCCAGCACAUCCCGAUUCCCAAUUGGACCAGGAAACCCAACAAGGCGUAGGAGCAGGAGAGCAGUCCAAUAGGAAUACCGCAGCGCAGAGCCAACAACAACAACAUGGCGCUGGACAGUGGGACGCAAACGAAUGCGCUGACAUCAUCCUUCACCACCAAGAAAAAGGAUGCCGCUGCGGAAAAGGAAAACUUAUGGUCGGCGAUAUUGAAUGAAGUACAAACACAGGGCAGCACAAAACUUCCAUCAAACAAAUCUGUACUAGUAUUAGGCGACAAUGCCACCGGAAAGACGACACUCAUUGCCAAACUGCAGGGCGUCGAGGAUCCGAAGAAGGGCUCCGGCCUGGAGUAUGCCUACAUCGAUGUCAAGGACGAGUACAGAGACGACAUGACGCGUUUGGGCGUUUGGGUCCUGGACGGCGAUCCAGGACACACAAACCUGCUUCACUAUGCGCUCAACGAAACGAACUAUGCACACACACUCGUCAUCCUCACCGUCUCGAUGACGCAGCCGUGGGGCUGGCUGGAGCAGCUGAACCACUGGAUCAAGGUGCUGGGCCAGCACAUCGAUAGCCUGCAGCUGGACGCCAAAGAGAAGGAGGCGGCCCGCCAGCGACUGACCACCACGUGGCAGACGUACUGCGAGGUGGGCGACGACCUGGAUCCCGGCUCUCCCGUCAAGCGGACGUUGCGCAACAACUCGAUCGACGAGGACGACCUUCUGCCGCUGACCGAGGACGCACUAAUUACAAAUCUGGGCCUCGACAUCGUUGUUGUGGUCACAAAGACGGAUUACAUGACCACACUGGAGAAGGAGUACGAGUAUCGUGACGAGCACUUCGACUUCAUCCAGCAGUGGAUCCGCAACUUCUGCCUGCGGCACGGCACCUCGCUCUUCUACACGAGCGUCAAAGAAGACAAAAACUGUGAUUUCCUCUACAAAUAUCUGACGCAUCGAAUUUAUGGCCUACCAUUCCAUACGCCAGCGCUAGUCGUUGAGAAGGAUGCGGUACUCAUUCCGGCUGGCUGGGAUAGCCUGAAAAAGAUUAGUAUUUUGUACGAGAACAUGCAUGGAGUUAAAGCCGAGAAUCCCUACACAGAUAUCAUCAAGUCGCCACCAACUAGAAAGGCGGUUUCCAAUCGCGAGGCGGAGGUUCAGACGGAGGACGAGCAGGCCUUCCUGGCUCGCCAGCAGGAGAUCCUCAAGCAGGGCGACCAGGUGCGCGGCGAGUCGCCACUGCGGUCGCAGGGCGUGGGAAGCAACAAGAGCGGUCCUCGGACGCCCGGCACCACGGGUCAGAGUUCACCCAAAAAGAUCGAUCCCAAGCUGACGCCAGCCACGCCAGGAGCUGAGGGCGUUCUGGCCAACUUCUUCAACUCGCUGCUGCACAAAAAGUCGGGCAGUCCGGCGAGCGGCGGUCCGGGAGCAGCCAGCAGUCCGGUGGGACCGGGCCGCACUGCCAACGGCACCGACGCAAUGAUGACGCCCGAGAAGCUGGCCGUGCGCACGGAUGCGGCCGCCGAGCUGGACCGGUUAUCGCGCAGCGUGAAGAAGGAGAUCGACAUGUCGCAGAGUGAGUGUUGAGCCGUAGUCAGUCGAUCGAUCAGCAGCCACAAAGACACCACAGCGAAACACCAGCGGCAGCAGCAGCAGCAGCAGCAACAGCAUCAACAGAACCAGAUCAACAUGAAAACGUUAAUUAAGCAUCAUCAAGUGAAGGGCAGAGACUCGUAGAGAACGUAGGACCAGUAGUGCUGGGGGGCCAACUAUGAACCCGCGAUUUGAAACGGCCUUCAGAUCAUUCAAUGGUCUGCAAGUCUGCAAGGUGUGAGGGCUUAGAUCAGUUUUGGGGGUGAAGUAUUUGAAAGAGGAAAACUGCAGGGUUGAAAGCUCAUAGAUCUUUAAGCUUAAACGUCAAACUGUGUAAGGCAAGAUAUCAACAAAAGCGUAAGAGUAGUUGAAUUACCUUUAAAAAUGAUUUAAAUCUGUAACGGAGCUCAAUGGCAGGUUCCUCUCGUUUUGGAAACAUUAAUUCCACUUUCCAACGUCCCCCGAAAACUGGUCAAUGCCCUGAGAUUUUUAUAAACUUUUCAAAUUUUCGUGGAACUCAUGUAAUGAGUUUUAUAACUACGAGUAAUUCUUUUUACGAGCCUCCUGCGGCAUACUCAAAAACUUUCGAUAGGAAAUGAAACAUUAACAAAAAGAAACAAAAAAGCUAGGAAUGAGAAGCAUAAUGAUGGAGAAGAGACGAAACAUUCGCCACUUAAUGGUUUAGCUUAGCGAAAAAGUUGGCUUCUCGAAGAAAGGAUAAGAUUUAGUCCUACCCGCGCAGCUAAACCCGUUCUGCAUGUGUUAAGCGAGAUAUAGAGAGAGGAUAAUGAUAAUGAUAAGGAUAAUGUGAAGCAGUUAGAAGUUUUUUUUUUCGUUCGCGGGUCCACACUUGCACAUUUGUAAAAUAAAUUAUUUAAAGCGCUGUAAAAUGUAAUUACGAACGGCAGACAGACAAACGAGAGAUUCGAACAGUCCAAGAUCCCCGCGAUGACGAGGGUAUGCGCCUAGCUUGUAUGUACUUUUUAAUUAUAUUAAUUAACUACACACCCA